UAUUACUAAUAGUGCUGGCUAUGCUGGGCUAGUACAGGACAGCCCACAUUCUUUGAAUACAAAUCACAGACUGACAAUGAGAACUCUUUCCAGGCGAGGGACUGCAGGCUCACUGCACUUCAAAGACACCAUGGACAAAGACUUGCACAGGCUGGUGCGAACCCAGGGAAUCGACCUGCAGCAGUUCUGCGUGUCUGAGGAAUAUGGAUUUGUUCUUUCAGAUCCGCUGACUGACCUGCCUGAGUAUUACCAGCCCUGGAUGGAGAUAGCCAAGCAUGUGCCCGGCUUAAUUGAAAACCAUCAGAUUCGCUCCAGAGUCAACGAGAUGCCUCUACUGAGCACUGACCAUCUACAGGGCCACAGAGAGCGGAGGCUGGCCCACCUUGCACUGGGCUUCAUCACGAUGGGCUACGUUUGGCAGGAGGGGGUGAAACACCCAAGCAAGGUCCUCCCAAGGAGCCUGGCUGUACCCUACUGUGAGAUCUCGGAGCUUCUCGGCCUCCCUCCCAUACUGGUCUACGCAGACUCGGUCCUGGCAAACUGGAAGAGGAAGGAUCCCAACGGACCUGUGGAAAUAAGGAAUUUAGAUACAAUAUUCACAUUCCCGGGAGGUGACUGUGCCAGAGGAUUUUUUUUAGUUUCUCUGAUUGUCGAGAUGGCUGCAGCCACGGGUAUAAAGGCUAUAGCCACAGCACUGAACUCCAUGCCCUUGCACGAUACCAGCUCCUUGCAUGGGGCUCUGCUAGAUAUAGCGAAGUCUCUCAACAAGAUGAGAGAAGCGUUCAAACUAAUGCACGACAAUGUAGACCCAGGAGACUUCUAUGGGCAACUAAGAACAUUUUUGCAUGGCUGGAGAGACAACCUGCUUUUGCCCGAAGGCAUGCUGUACGAGGGGGUAUGGGAGGAGCCGAAGCACUACUCUGGGGGCAGUGCUGCACAGAGCUCAGCGAUCCAGUGCUUCGAUGAGUUUUUGGGGAUACGGCACGGGUUUGACUAUGAUGCUCCAUACCUCUACAGGAUGAGGGACUACAUGCCCCCGGCCCACAGGGCCCUGAUUCAGACUAUAGCUGCUGGGCCCUCGGCCCGCCACCACAUCAUAGCCACUGGGAGCACUGAACUGUGCCACGCCUACAACAAAUGCAUCACAGCGCUAGUGGAACUGAGAAACUACCACAUCAACACCGUGGUCAAGUACAUAACGAUCCCAGCCAACAAAGGAAAAGUGACCAGCGGCUGCAUCUUUCAGAUCCACUCCUCAGCUGUAGCUACAAGAGGGACGGGAGGCACGGGUCUCAUGUGUUUCCUGAAAUCAGUCAGGGAUACAACCCGAAGGGUGUUAAUCAAUGACAUUUAGACUGCUAGCGACUGCAUCCUACUGGCAAUAACCUUCCUAUAAAACUACCACCCCAGUCUUUGUCAAGACACUGUUAUUUAUUUAUUUAUUUUUAAAUACAGGAGUGUGUGUAAAGAAAAUGUCAUUCCAGCAAUGUGCGCCGAUGGAGCUUGAUUACCUUUAAUCAAAACUCUUCAUUGAAAACAGGUUUGCAUUCAGGCUAAGCCUGAUUAAUAAGCCUUAUCAACAUGUACACUCUAGGCGCUUUUCUGCAGUUUGUUCUGGUGUCCCAAAACCUGUGGUAUCCUGCUUGUAGCUUGUUCAGAAUAAUGCCACCAGAAUUCUCACUAAAACCAAGAAAAGUGAACAUAUUACCCGUUUUGUCCUCUUUACACUGGCUCCCUGUGCAGUAUAGAAUUGAUUGUAAGAUU